CUGGAAGAAGAAAAAAGCUGUGAAUCCUGAUGCGCAUCUGCUCGCGCUGGGAGUUUCCCUGUUGCGCGCUCUCGUGAGACAACAUUCAAAUGUGACAAGCUGAUGUAAUAGUAACGUUUGGAUACUAUCCUAGUGAUUACAUUUUUCAUAGACGUAUUCAAACCCAUCACACGUCCUCCACCUUUUUUAAAUAACGCCUUGCGCUUGCGCGUAACGGAACCGGGAGCUGUCCUGGUGCUGAACUGAGAGGAGAAAAAAGGCGUUCCUCUUCCAUUCCUUGACGGUUCCCCACCUGAACAGAGAUUUCUCUCUCCCCCCCAAAGCCAAAGGAUGUGGUUCUUCUAACAGAUGAGAGCAACCAGCCGACGCGCCCGGGAGUUGCGUCUCCUCCGCGCGUGAACGGUGGACUCAUGUCUCUUCGCACCUCCGCCGCGCGCUUCGGGGAGUCAGAGUUUCAUGAAAGUAAACUAUGAUCUGUGGCUGCGUCGAGGAAUGUCUCCUGUAUUUUUGUGUGACACAAGGCAGCCGAAACAACGUGGCCAGGAAGGAAGCGGCGCCCCUGUUUGGAUUAUGUGCUUGACUAAUGUAAACAUAUGGGAGAAAUAGAAAAGUGAGCAGAUGGGGAAACCAUCGGGAAUGAAUCACUCCUUCGUUAAGGUUUUGGCAGCUUUAUUUACAUACUUGAUGGAGACAAGAAACUGCGGAUUUGUGAAUGCAAAGGAGCACGAUUCCAGAUCAUCCUCCAACAUGUCUCCAUCAGACUUUCUGGACUCGCUCAUGGGUCGCACGUCCGGCUAUGACGCACGAAUAAGACCCAAUUUUAAAGUUUCGGCUCUGUCACAGAGACCACCAUGGUCCACCCGUUAAUGUUACCUGCAACAUAUUUAUCAACAGCUUUGGUUCAAUAGCAGAAACUACAAUGGUGAGUGGAGUGUCGUGAAGUCCUGAGCCUUUUUUCUGGAGCUGUUUUUUUUUUUUUCUUUAAUCCAUUUUUGUUAUUUUUCACCCCAUGAUAAAUUUAAACGACCGACUUUCCAACUUAUUUCGUCCUCUAUUUGUUUGCUCAAUAAUUCAUCCAACAAAUCCGAACGAGUAAUUCAGUGUUUAGUGGAGCUAAUAAGUGAUGGUGGGGGAGCUUUUCAACGGAAUUAUGGAGGCAUCCAGCUGCCAAAACAUAAAACCUAGGAGGCUGAAUUAAAACUAAUCAGGAUAAAUAAGGAGUGAUAAUAACUGCAUGGUGGAUAGAUGGGAGAUGCUUUAUUUCUAGAGGGGAAUUAAACAGUUUCGGUGCGAAUAGUCGGAGCCGCCAAUAUGCCGAUGAGACGUCAAACAACAUACAGGCUCCUCACCAUCAUCAUGACACAUCAAUUACGCCACGCAAUUGAGCUUUUUGACACACAGUUUAGGCGGCUAACAGUGGAUUAAGACAUUCUCUCAUCAGGCACGUCUAAUUAAUCCGUCACUUCUUCUUUUUUUUUACUUCAUUUAACAGCUCUUGUGGAAUUCAGAACCAAAAAAAAGACAAAAAGUUCAAAGUUUUGCAAAAGCAUGCAGGUGGAGGAAUCAUUUCCACUCAUCAUUCAUUUUUUUCAGGCAGCAACUAGUUUACUUUAGUGUCGAAAAUAAUGUUCAUUACGUUUUGCUUUUGUGAUAAAAGAGGCUUUAAGCUUAUAUUUUAUCAAAUGAAUCAUACAAAUAUGUCAUUUUUAGUAAUUUUGACUAAUUUUCGUACUUAGAAGAGGAUGUUUAAAUGAGCUGUAUGCAUGCGGCUGACUCCAUGUCUUCAGCACACGUUCUGACACAGCUGAAGCCUCGGCGAAAACAAAAUAUGCAAAGCCGCUUUGGUUCUCCGCAGGAUUACAGAGUGAACAUCUUCCUGCGGCAGAAGUGGAAUGACCCUCGGCUGGCGUACAGUAAAUACCCGGAUUCCUCCCUGGACCUGGACCCGUCCAUGCUGGACUCCAUUUGGAAGCCCGACCUCUUCUUUGCCAAUGAGAAGGGAGCCAAUUUUCAUGAUGUCACCACAGACAACAAGCUGCUGCGCAUCUUCAAGGAUGGGACUGUGCUCUACAGCAUCAGGUUGACUCUCAUUCUGUCCUGCCCGAUGGAUCUGAAGAACUUUCCGAUGGAUGUUCAAACUUGCACGAUGCAGCUGGAGAGUUUCGGCUACACCAUGAACGAUUUGGUCUUUGAGUGGUUGGAGAACGGCGCCGUGCAGGUGUCAGAGGGUCUCACGCUGCCUCAGUUCAUCAUGAAGGAGGAGAAGGAGCUGGGCUACUGCACCAAACACUACAACACCGGUAAAUUCACCUGCAUUGAAGUUAAAUUCCACCUGGAGCGGCAGAUGGGCUACUACCUGAUCCAGAUGUACAUCCCCUCCCUCCUCAUCGUCAUCCUCUCCUGGGUGUCUUUCUGGAUCAACAUGGAUGCCGCUCCUGCCAGAGUGGCUCUGGGCAUCACCACCGUGCUCACCAUGACCACUCAGAGCUCUGGAUCCAGAGCCUCUCUUCCAAAGGUUUCUUACGUGAAAGCCAUUGAUAUCUGGAUGGCCGUGUGUCUGCUCUUCGUGUUUGCUGCAUUGCUGGAGUACGCCGGGGUUAAUUUUGUCUCCAGGCAACAGAAGGAGUUUCUCCGCCUGAGGCGAAGACAAAGACGGAACCAUAAGGAGGAGGACAUGCGUGAAGGCCGCUUUAAUUACGCGGGCUACAACAUCAGUCAGUGUUUGACCACUAAGGACAGCUCGGCAGUUAAGAACACGACUCCCGCUCCAAACCCUCAACCGCCGACCUCCAAGGACAUUGACGCCAUGAGGAAAAAGUUUGUGGACCGAGCCAAGAGGAUAGACACCAUCUCCAGGGCUGCUUUCCCGCUGGCUUUCCUCAUCUUUAACGUCUUCUACUGGAUUACCUACAAGAUCAUCCGCAAUGAAGACAUCAACAAAAAGUGAAGGGUUUACUCCUCCUCUCUCGGACCGGUCGGGAACGCUGCAGUGAGAGGAACCUUGGAGAAGGUGUUCCUUCAGGGAUAUUGUACAGUGCGUCACACAGUUGUUCAGAUAAUGUGAAGAUUCCUGAGAUCCAGAUGCUUUAUUCCCUCUUGUUCUGCUGCAGAAACAUUUUAUAACGGUUUUGUCGCGCUGGAGGAGAACGUUUCUGAAUCAAACUGCCUCGGCGUCCGAGGCAAGAGUAACAUUCCACGGCUUAGGGUAUUAGUUUGUGAGACGAGGAAUUCUUAUCCAGGUUGUUUUAUAACAUUGGAAAGUCAGGAAAUAUCCUCUCCUUUUUGUGGAAACUUCACAAGCAGAGCACAGGCAUCAAUCCGUCAGCCGUGAGCAAAGUAGAGAAAAAAAAAACAAGAAUCGGGGCUGGAGGAUGCGUUUUUAUGAAAUACCUGAGGCCUUAGAUAUCAAAGACUUGGCGAGACAAAGCGUUGUGCUCCUCUAUUUUUUCAAGCAUCUUCUCUGGUCUCAUCCAGCCCUUUGAGGUUCUCCGUGGCCAAAGUCCUCCUUUUCUCUAGUAUUCAUGGAUAUCUGAUGUCAGUGUUUUGGUUUAUUACUGCUUUUAUUCAAUUACUUCUGUCAUGAUUCACAGGAUGUACAGGUGAGCACAAUAUCUGAACCACAUUGUUGAGUGUUGUCACCUGUAUUUAUUUAUUCCAUACGUUUGUGCUCAUAAGCUUACACGCCCUGGAAGAAAAGAUGAAUUCUAGGCUUUUUUAUCAGAGAAUAUGAAUGAUAACACAAACAUGUUAUUUUCCACUCAUAGUUAGUGGUUGGAUUAAGCCAUUUUGGGUAUCACCAAAAAUUUUCAAGAAUCAAUUCACCAGAGCCUGGAUAAAUUAGAUUGAUUUUUUCGAUCCACUCAGUUUGAUUCAAUUCAAUUUAGAGUUCACACAGUUUACACAUUUGUUUAGAAAUAUAUAAAUAAUCAAUAUGUUUUGAAGGUUUUCAUAUUAAUCUGAUACAGUUCACAUACUGUAAAAUGUAUUAGUGAAAUAAAUAUGAGAUUGUUAAUACCAUACAGUGUUACAUGGAUUCUCAAAUGGAGAAGCUCCAGCGAUUGUUCUGCCUCUACUGGAGAGCGUUUCAGUUUGGCCACUAGGUGGCGAUUGAGCUAUAGUAUUACACCUUAUUCCAAAAGAAGAAGAAAAUAUAUGCAAAAACAAAAAACUGGGUUUUAGACCAUAAAUGGUUACUUUAAAAGAGUUUGGAAAAUGAAUUCCUGUGAGUUUAUUAAGAUGUUUAUUUAGUUUAGAAAUGUAUGUUAGCAGUAGCCAUCCUAUAGGAAAUUACAUUAUACAUUAGCAUCAAGCUAGCGGACUUCAGCGUUAUGCGUUAGAUCGAUCUCUACUUUUAUGUGUCGCUUAUUGAUCUAUCAAGCUUAGAUCGAUCCAGAUGAAUUCAUGGAUUUUAUCAACCAACCCAAACAGAAACUUCCCAAAUGACCAGUUCUUAAGACCUUCAUUGUCUCCUUUUGCAUCAAUAAGAGCUUAAAGUAAAGCAGCUCAUCCUUCUUGGCAGAAAACCUCAAGUUCCUUUAAAUUCUUGGGCUUGAAUUGCCUAUUUGAGAUCUCUCUAGAGUGGCUCAAUAUUAUUGAGGUCAGGAGUCUCCAGAACCAUCACCACAUUCUGCUGGAACCGAUGGUAAAUGGUGUAUACUUGUAUAGCCCUUUCUAGCCUCCUUCGAGGACCCAAAGUGCUUCACAGUCACAGACCCAUUCAUUCAUACACUGGUGGUGGCUCCAACCUUCCACCAGAGGCAAUUUGAGGUUCCGUGUCUUGCCCAAGGACACUUCGACACAUGGGCAGGCAAGGUGGGAAUCGAACUUGCAAUCUUCCAAUCAGGAGCCGACCACCCUACCACUGCACCACUGACCAUUGACAGUUGGACUUGUGUUCAUCCCCUGUGCAGCCUCCAUGCUGAAGAGUGAAAGUUUUCCUCCAAUCUCUUCUGAUAACGUUCUGCUUUCAUCUUGCCAUCAGUUGUAACCAAGUUUCCUGUGCCUUUGUAUCUCGCACGUCCUCGUACCAUCAGCAGUCCGCCUCCUUGUUUCACAGAGUGAAUAGUUAUAUUCAUCAUAGGUCUUGUUGACUUCUCUCCAAGUGUAGCGUUUGUGGUUGUGGCCAAAAUGUUCAAUCUUGGACUCAUCACUCCAAAUGACUUUGGUCCAGAAGUUUGGAGGCUUUUCUCUGUGCUGUGUGGCGUAUUCUAAGUGAACUAUUUUGUGGCAUUUGCACACAAAAGGUUUUCCUCUGGCGACUUGACCAUCCAAUUCAUUAUUCCUCAGGUGUUUCCUUAUUGUAUAUCUUCAAACAUCCACACCACCGUUUUCCAGAGAGCUUUGGAUCACAGUUGUGGGUUUUUCUUUGCAUCCUUAACAAUUUUUCUGGCCCUUUGUGGCAGAACUUUUGAUGCGAGUGGAUUGGUUUCAACAGAACCCCUCACUUUCCACUUCCUGAUCAAAGUUUGAACACUGCUGACUAGUAUUCUCAGUUCCUUAUAUUCCUUUCCUGUUUUGUACAGAUCAGUUACCUUUUUCCCGUAGAUUUUUUUUACAUCUUUUAAGAAGUUUCUGUUGUCAUUAUAAUUUAAAAAGGGUAAACAGAUUUUUUUUUAACAAUAAAUGGCUUCACCCAAACACUUACUAUGAGUGUAACAUAAGUUUUUAUGUUAUCAUUCUUAUUUUGAAAAAUGAACAAGAAAUCACACUUUUUUCCAGGGUUCGUAAACUGUAUUUCUCCAGUUAUCCUAGGAGGGGUUUAGCAUCCGAGAUGUUUUUUGUAGCUUUAGUCAAAGGAAAUAUUUAUUGUAUUUGAGUGGGAGGUUCCAUUUAUAAAAGUAUAUAUUUCUGUAAAGUUCUUCAGCUUCCACCGUGGACUGUUCUCCUUCACUUGUGUGUUUGGGCAUGGACUAAAGAAGAAGUCUGAGAAACAUUCGUGGCACCGAGCAGCUAAAUGCAAUUGCACUCCUGAUAUACUGUGGUGAAGAACUUUUUCGUUUUGUUUUUUUACGGAAUGAAAAAAGAUCAUUUACAUGUACAUCAAUAAAACUGAGUGUGCACCAUGUUUACUUCACCUCGUGUCAUUUAGAAUAAAGUAAUUUCCUGUAUUGUUCUGCA